GCUGCUAAUACAACGGUUGGUUCGAGUCAGUACUAGUCACAACAGCAGACCGCUGAACAGAGGUUCCCGAGGUUUUUUGUCAGUGAGGCUUCAUAAAGCAGUGAGCCUUGACCAUUUCAUGCAGCUGGAUCUCUCAACAAAGGUUCAUUGUUGGCUGCCUGUGGCUGAAGUCUAACAUCCAAUGGAAACAAGACCUUUGAUAGAGUGGAACACUGGUCUCUUCGACUGCUUUGAGGAUGCAAGUUCUUGUUGCUAUGGUUUCUGGUGCGCCUCUUGUCUUGCCUCCACGGUGUCAGAAAGAUUUGGAGAGAACCGUUGUCUCCCGUUGUUUGACAUGUGCUGUUUGAAAUAUCCAUGCUUGCCUUCUCCUGCAGUCCUCUCUCUAAGGGUUGCCAUGCGAAACAGAUACGGCAUCAAGGGUUCUCUGUGUAAGGACAUCAUAGCUACCAGCUGCUGUGAGUGGUGCGCCUGGUGUCAGAUGCAUCGAGAGUUAAAACAUCGCAGGCAAACUCCACUGUCGUCAAUAUGCAGAAUCAAACCAUUGUACAAAUGCAGCCUCCUGCAGUCAUGAUGGCUCCUGCAUACCAACCCCAAGGUGGUUAUGUGUACCAAGGAGUCCCAGCCCAAGAUUGUGUGGUGACCCAAUCAGAAGUCCACGUGCAGCCAUACUGAGCUCUGUGGCUUCUCAUUGGCCUGUUGUAUCUUAUGAAGAAAGUAUGAUUGAGCUCAGAUUUUACUGCUGUUAAGUGAAUGUUAAUCACUCAAAGCCAAAUAUGUUAUAACUUUGAAUUGUGCCCCCCUGGCAUCAGAGUGUGCUGAACAAGUUUCAGUUUCUUAAUAAUUAUGACAAUAAUUGUUCCAGUUCUUGGUGAAG